GCCAGUCCCUCCUCCAUCCAGUGCCACCAUGGACUACUGCUGCUUUGCCACACAACAACCCUUCGACGACAAGGACAACCUCAACGCCCUCUACAUCCGCCAGCCCUACUCACACCAGGUCAUCCAGCUCGUAGAGUGUGCACCACCCCCACGCGAACCCUACCAGCCAUCCCGCAUAUCAUCCUAUGUCGCAUCCUCGUCUUCAGAAUCAUCAUCCUCGUCGUCGUCGUCGUCAGCCCCGAUGUCGUCCUCACCAGACGAGGACGAGAGCGAGUCCAUCUCGUCCUACUGCUCCUCGGAACAGGACGCCGGCUCAGCCCCUCUCCCUCCCUCGCCACCCGCCUCGCGCGAUCCCACCAUCGACGACACUUACCGUGUCCGCAUGAAGCGUAUUCACGCAUGGCGAGACGCACUCCAUCCUGACGAUCCUUCGCUUCUCUCCACAGAAUCACCCCUUUGUCCAUCUCGCAAACGAAAGGUGGCAGAUGAUUCCGACGAUGACUCGCAUGACGAGUCCUAUCCUGACACCAUCCCCUCUUCUCCUCGAAAACUCGCCCGCUCAGUGACUUCCUCUCGUUCACUCGGGACGCACUCCUGUCCAGCAUGCGACGCCCACUUUGCGUCGCCUCAGGGCCUACGACUGCAUGGCCGCUCGAGCUCCAGCGCCAACGACGCAUGUCGCAUCGCUGUCGAAUAUGGUUUCGAGUGAUGGGCCACACCCGGCCUCGUUCUCCCUCGGCUCGCCUCAGCAUCAACAUAUCUCUGCAUGUUUCCCACCUACACAUCAUGAUCUGCAGCUACGACCCACAAUUGCGUCCUUUGUCUCACUCAAUUACAUUAUUCGCGCUGUUGAUAACCUAUACUUUUCCUCCGCUAUUGUCGCCCACGUUCCUCCCUACACACUACUUUCCCCCGUGGGCGUUUUGCAUUGUCUCCUGUUUUCGUAACAUCUGUAUCGUUAGCAGUCUCGCGCGCCAUGCCCUUCCGCAAUCCUUCUGCAUUGGACCAUGCCACCGACAGGCUGACUGACGACCAUCAAUUUAACUUUAUCAUAUCCAUUUCCCUUCACUCUUUACACACCAUCAUAUUCUUGGCC